AUGCCUAACACAAAGACCACAGAAACUGCAAGAGCGUCACGAAUAUCCACAUUUGAUAGACAACAUAAAGGCAUCUCAACUACUUUUACUGGACCAUGUCAAAAUCAUCUCCCAUCUUUAAGACAACACAAAUCAAUUCCUAGAAUACCAAACACACAGACCAUAGAAACGACAAGAGAUUCAGGAAUGUCAAAAAAUGCUGGAGCUGAACAUAAUUUUUUGAAAUCUGAUCCACUGAAUGAAGAUUUACUAAGCAACAUGGAUGGUUAUGAUGACCUAGAAUUCGACAGUAGUAGUCAAGAAAGUUUUGAUUCUGAUACUUCAGAUCACGAACAAUCUAUUUUGCUAGAACCAGAAAUAAACAACCAAUCAGAACGAGUGAUGAAACUGGCGGCAAUGUUUAAAAAAACCUUCUCUGAAGUGAAGAAAAAAGUCAAACCAAUAUCUCCUAAAGAGGAUGGACAGGUUCAGUUGCCAUACCUAAAGAAGCCCCCUGAUCUUCUAAUGAACCUUCUAACAGGAACUGAUAAGCUUAGCAAACAUUUUCAAAGGAAUACGAGAUCAUAUAAUAUGGUUUUCUCUUUCACUUCACUUGGUGGGAAGAUAGAUAAAUCUCUGAAAAAGGGACGAGGACCACAGAUGAUUCAGCUUCAUGGUGAAAACUAUCAUUUGAUGGGAAGUUUAACACCACCUGAAGGAGACCAUGCCAAGUUUGGACAACUAUACAUUGUUGAUACAGAUAAUGAAGUUGAAAACAGAUUUAAUGCUCUGAGCAGCAAAUCCAAAAAUUUCUCACCUGGUAGUAAGCAAGACGGUUUGAAGAAGGAAGUUAUUCAACCUAUUAUCAAGAUGUUGAAUGCUGUUAAUCCAUAUGUUGUGCAGUUUCGAUCAGCUAGAGAGAGAUUUCAAUUGAAUCCUGAAAAAACCUUCCAUAUGCGAAUUGUCAGUAGAAGUGACAAAGAUGGUAGGACACAUAAUAUGCCAAUAGCAGCUGAGGUGGCUGUAUUGAUUCCUGGUGAUUUUAAUUUAGGAAUGGAUAAACGGGAUAUUGUGCUUCAGCAUAAAUCUGGAAAACUAACCAGGAUCGAUGAGAUUCAUAUCUCUUAUCUAGCACUACAAUAUCCUCUAAUAUUUGUCUAUGGUGAGGAUGGUUUCAGGGUUGGUAUUAAGAAAGGCGUUACAGAAGCGUCAAAGAAACUCAAAAAUCCUUCAAUCAGUAUGAUGCAGUUUUUUGCUUUCAGGCUUCAAGAGCGAGAUAAUGAGUCACAUGUUCUUCUCUAUUCAAGAAGGUUAUUUCAACAGUUCAUAGUGGACGCCUAUACUACAAUAGAAUCUAAUAGACUGAGGUAUUUGAAGCUUAACCAGACAUGCUUACGUUCAGACAGUUACGACUCUAUCAGAGAAUCAGAAAAUGCUGGCAACUCAGAUAUGAAUGAACAAGGUCAACAAUUUCUUCUACCAGCUACUUUUACAGGGAGUCCAAGAUACAUGAAGAAUAUGUACUUAGACGCUAUGGCCAUUUGUAGACAUUUUGGUUUUCCAGACCUUUUCAUCACAUUCACAUGCAAUCCAAAAUGGCCAGAACUUACAAGAUUUCUUGAGAAAAGAGGCUUGAAAUCAGAUGACAGGCCUGAGAUUAUUUGUCGGAUCUUUAAGCUGAAACUCGAUUCUUUGAUGAAUGAUUUGACAAAGAAGAAUAUUCUGGGAAAGACAUCUUCAUCUAUGUAUAUUGUUGAGUUUCAAAAGAGAGGCCUGCCACAUGCUCACAUUCUGCUUUUUAUGCACCCUUCCUCCAAGUUUCCCAAAACAGAAGACAUUGAUGAAAUCAUAUCAGCUGAGAUCCCAGAUAAAUCAUCUGAUCCAGAUCUUUACAAUGUUGUUAAGGAUUGUAUGAUUCAUGGUCCCUGUGGAGCUGUUAAUAUGAAUUCACCAUGUAUGGAGAAUGGACAGUGUUCGAAAAUGUUUCCUACGCAAUUCGCAGAGAAUACUCGGGUGAAAAAAGAUGGAUUUCCACUCUAUAGAAGACGCCAGUCUGACUGUUAUAUUGAGAAGAAUGGCUUAAAAUGUGAUAACAGAUGGGUCAUCCCUUACAACAGGAAACUCUCUCUUCGUUAUCGAGCUCACAUUAAUGUAGAGUGGUGCAAUCAAGUUGGUUCUAUUAAGUAUUUAUUUAAAUACAUUAAUAAAGGAGCGGAUCGUGUAACUGUAGUUGUCGAACCACCAGGGCCAGAAGUUAGGAGUGAAACACUAGCUACCUCAGCUCCAGCGAACUUAGCAGCACCAAGCUCAUCUGCAGCCCACUCAGCUACAGCAACCUCAGGUUGUGCGACCUCAGCUCCAGCUAACUCAGCGACAGACACUGGUGGUGAUGUUUUGAAACAAAACGUUGAGAUUAAGAAGAAUGAAAUAAAGGAUUUCUUUGAUUGCAGAUCAACAUCCGUUGAGAUCCUCUCAUUUCAUCUACCAGGAAAACAAAACAUUAUCUUCAGAGGGAAGGACAAACUGAAAGAUGUUGUUGGUCGUAAGCUUAUCGAGAACACAAUGUUUCUGGCUUGGUUUAAGCUUAAUGAAGUUGAUGCUUUCGCUCGGACUCUUACUUAUAUUCAGAUUCCCAACUACUACACAUAUUCAAAGAGUCAGAAGAAGUGGACUAGAAGGAAGCAAGGGUUUAGUGUUGGAAGAAUUAAUUAUGCCCCACGUAAGCAAGAAAGGGCUUAUUUUUUUAGAGUGUUAUUGAACUACGUCAAAAGUCCUACCAGCUUUGACGAUAUCAAAACCUACAAUGGUGUAGUUUACGAGGGGUAUAAAGAGGCAUGUUAUGCUCGAGGAAUAUUGGAUGAUGACCAAGAGUAUAUAGAUGACUUAGUGAGGCGCAGUUAUGAUAGCUCUGCAGCUGUUGUUCGUGAUCUUUUUGUUCUAAUGCUUCUAUCCGAUAGUCUGUGUCAACCAGAGGUUGUUUGGGAUAAAACUUGGAAACUGUUGUCUGAGGAUAUCGAGUAUAAUCGCAGAAUGCAUUUCAAUAGGCCAGAGAUUGAGAAGCUUAUGAGAAGGAAUGGGAGUUCACUUUCAGUCUAUGAAUCUAUGCCUAAACUGCCUGCUGAAUUCAAACCGAUCGAGAAUGUUUUGAUCUUGGAUGAAUUAAAUUACGACCAGUUGCAAGCCAAUCAUAACAGAGAUAUUCUGAAGAUGACUGAUGAACAAAAAAAGAUAUACGAUGAGAUCAUUGGUGCUGUUGUUGAAGAUAGAGGUGGAAUGUUCUUUGUUUAUGGGUUCGGUGGCACUGGAAAAAACUUUCUUUGGCAAAUUUUAUCAGCUGCUGUUAGGUGUAGGGGAGAUAUAGUUCUUAAUACUGCAUCUAGCGGAAUUGCUUCUUUGUUGUUACAAGGUGGUAGGACUGCUCAUUCCCGUUUUAGCAUACCAAUCAAUCCAGAUGAGUUUACUACAUGUUCAUUGACUCAUGGAUCAGAUAAAGCUAAUUUGAUAAAGGAAGCAUCUCUAAUUAUUUGGGAUGAAGCACCAAUGAUGAGCAAACAUUGCUUUGAAUCUUUAGACAAAAGUUUAAAGGAUCUGAUGGGGAAUCACGACAAUAAGCCUUUUGGUGGGAAGGUUAUUGUUUUUGGAGGUGACUUUCGGCAAGUACUUCCUGUGAUUACUGGAGGUAGCAGGGCUGAGAUAGUGUUGGCUGCCAUGAAUUCUUCUUAUCUCUGGGAACAUUGCAAGGUUCUGAAACUUACUAAGAAUAUGAGAUUAUCUUCGAACAAUCUUUCUGAGGAUGAGGCAAAAUAUCUGAAAGAAUUUUCUGAAUGGAUUUCGGCUGUUGGGGAUGGGAAAAUAGCAGAGCCUAAUGAUGGGGAGGCACUAAUUGAUAUUCCAGAACAGUUUUUAAUUAUGGACCAAGAGUAUCCGAUAGAAACUAUAAGUCAUGCCAUCUAUGGAGAUGCAGAUUCAUUAAGAGGAAUUCAAGAUCCUAAGUUUUUCCAACAGAGAGCAAUCUUAUGUCCAACAAAUGAGGAUGUUAAUAUGAUUAACGAUCAUAUGUUGUCUAAACUUGAUGGUGAAGAAAUGGUUUUUAUUUCAUCUGAUAGUAUUGAUCCUUCUGAUACUGGUUCAGUCAAAAAUGAUGCUUUCAGCACCGACUUCCUAAACAACAUUAAAGUUUCUGGUCUACCAAACCAUAGUCUAAGAUUGAAGAUUGGUUGUCCUGUUAUGUUGCUUAGGAAUAUUAAUCCUAAUGAGGGUUUAAUGAAUGGAACAAGAUUGCAAAUCACUCAGCUUAUGGAUUUUAUGGUGGAAGCUAGAAUCUUAACUGGUGCUAAGGUUGGUGAAAUCGCUUAUAUUCCAAGAUUGUUGAUCACUCCAACAGAUAAAAGACUUCCUUUCAAGAUGCGUAGAAGACAAUUGCCUUUAGCAGUGGUUUUUCCAAUAACCAUCAACAAAAGCCAAGGACAAUCACUGUUUGAAGUUGGAUUAUUUCUUCCUAGACCAGUUUUUUCUCACGGACAGCUAUAUGUUGCCAUAUCAAGGGUUACAUCGAAGAAAGGUUUGAAAGUUUUGAUCGUGGAUAAAGAGGGGAAGCCACAAAGUAAAACUACAAAUGUUGUUUUCAAAGAGGUUUUCAAUAAUCUUGAAAACAGAGAAGAGUGA